GCCUCUUUAAAACAAUCUCGUUGCUGGGCAGAUCUCUUCCUUCGAUCACCAAAUUCUGUGACAGGACGCUUCGGAUUAUGUAAACGAGAAGGAAAAGUCUGAACGGAUAAUAUUUAGAGUGACGAUGAGAAGGGGCGGAGAUACGCGAGGCCAAACAGUACGGAAAUUCACGGCCAGCAGUUAUCGCGUUGAAAAGAUGGACGUGGCUUAGACCCCACCCUCUCGAUUGGGUUCUUCCACUCUCCAUUAUUUAAAAUACAUAAGAGAGCCACCCUAGUGACGUCACUUCCGUUGCACGCUCUGCUUUUCCGACAGGAAGUUGAGGGUCAUCAAUGGAGCCUCCAGGGUCUGGAUCUUAAUACCUCCCAUGUUGAAGGCCUUCCAAUUUUGGAAUGGCAACUCCAUCACCGAACCCUCCACCAGACCUCCCUUUUGCCGCUACCUUGUUCCUGCCCCUCCCUGCCAUCAUCUUCUUGGCCGUUGGUUCCUACCUGCUACUCCUGGUCGUGGUCCUGGUCCUCCGACAGUGCCUACUGUCCCGAGGCAUUUGUGCCAACUGCUGUUCGUGCCAAAAGGGGUCUUUGCCAAGUGUGUGUGAAUGUUGUCUGGCCUGUGCAGAGUCAUGUGACUGUGCUCUCCCAUCCCCAGCUCGCUACCUGGAUGACUGCUGCCAUUGCACUAAUGGCUGGGACAUGGGGACUUGCUCCACCCUUCCCAGUUGGUGUCCACUCUGUGACUGUGCCUGUGCCUACCAGCCCCCAGACUGUCAGAGCAUCAAUUGCAUUUGCUUUGAGAUUAAACUACGAUAAGGGGCUCCAGAUCUGAAAACUACAGGAAAUUAUGUCCAUGAUUUAGAAGCAUGGGAGGUGUCUGUUCUCAUAGUAGACCAUAAAAGAGGGACUUGCCUGCCUGGCAAAAAGAGGUCUUCAGAACCAAGAGAGAUUUGAAAGUUCUUCCUGUUC